CCUGUGCCCAUUGCAGGAUGCAAAUUAUGUCCUUCUCCCCGUUGCUAUGGGCGGGGCCUCGUUGCCAGGGGCGGGGCUAAGGCUCAGCAGACUCUCUCGCGAGAUUUGGGCUGCGGUUGCUCGGCAACCAGGAGACUCUGGGCCUAGUCCUCUGGAGAGGCACUGAAGCGGUCGCCAUGGCACCGAAAAAGAAAGGGGAGAAGAAAGGCGGCAAGAAGGGCAAAGGGAAAGGGCAGGCCCUGGUGGAUGUCCUCCCGCCCGAAGGAAUGACCAAGGAACAGUUGGAGGAGCACAUGGGGAGGAUCCGGGAGGAGCUGGACCGUGAGAGAGAGGAGCGCAACUACUUUCAGCUGGAAAGGGACAAGAUCCACACCUUCUGGGAAAUCACCCGGCGGCAGCUGGACGAGAAGAAGGCCGAACUGCGCAACAAGGACCGGGAGAUGGAGGAAGCCGAGGAGCGUCACCAAGUCGAGAUCAAGGUCUACAAACAGAAGGUGAAGCACCUUCUAUACGAGCACCAGAACAAUCUGACAGAGCUGAAGGCGGAGGGGACGGUCUCCAUGAAGCUGGCCCAGAAGGACCACCGGUCCCAGGAGAUGGAGCUGCGCAAGGACAUGCGCUCCCUGAAGGUGGAGUUGAAGGAGCAGGAGCUGGCCAACGAGAUGGUGGUGAAGAACCUGCGCCUGAAACAACAAGAAGAGACGACACGGCUGCGCAAUGACUUCGAGAGAGAAGUAAAAGAGAUCGAGGCCAAGUACGAGAAGAAGAUGCGAGUGCUGAGAGAUGAGCUGGACCUGCGCAGGAAGACAGAAAUCCACGAGAUCGAAGAGCGGAAGAAUGGGCAGAUCAGCACCCUAAUGAAGAACCACGAGAAGGCUUUCAGCGACAUCAAGAACUACUACAAUGACGUCACCCUGAACAACCUGGCAUUGAUCAACACCCUCAAGGAGCAAAUGGAGGAGAUGAAGAAGAAGGAGGAACAUUUGGAGAAGGAGAUGGCGGAAGUGAUGCUCCAGAACAAGAGGCUGGUGGAGCCCCUGCAGCGAGCGCGAGACGAAGUGGCUGAGCUGCAGAGGAAGCUGGCCCAUUACCAGAAGGACAAGAGGAUGCUGGCGAGCAUCAGUGCCCGCCUGAAAGUCACCGAGAAGGAGCUGAAGGACCUGCAGUGGGAGCACGAAGUGCUGCAGCAGAGAUUCAGCAAGGUUCAGGAAGAGCGGGAUGAGCUGUACCGAAAGUUCACCAAGGCCAUCAACGAAGUGCAGCAGAAGACGGGCUUCAAGAAUCUGCUUCUGGAGCGGAAGCUGCUGGGCCUGGCCAACAUCCUGGAGAAGAAGGAGGUCCAGCUCAAUGAGGUCCUGGCCGCUUCCAACCUUGACCCCGCCGCCCUCAGUAUUGUCACCCGCAAGCUGGAGGACGUGCUCGAUUCCAAAAACAAUGCCAUCAAAGACCUGCAGUACGAGCUGGCCAGAAUAUGCAAGGCGCACAACGACUUGCUGCGGACUUACGAGGCCAAGCUAACGGCCUUCGGGUUCCCUUUGGACAAUCUGGGCUUCAAGCCAAUGGAGACCUCCGUCCUGGGCCACGCCUUGGGCCAGGGCCCCGCAGGGUUCGUCUCUACUCCCACGUAGCAGAACCAACAGGCUCGGUCCUUUGGAACAAUGGCAGCUGGAGACCCUGGUCUGGAAGAAGAAGAAGGCAGAGGCAGAAGGAGGCAGAGGCUUUGGGCCAGUCCUCCAGUCAGGAGCCUACAGCCUUUCUGUGCAUUAAACAGGCCCUGAUUUAUGAAGGGGCUUUUCCUA